CUGCUGAAGACCAUUUCCUCAAUUUGCGGCUGUUGAGACGCUGGAAGGAACAGCUGUGUUAUACUUUAAAUACUUCGAAGGAUUAAGACGCUGAGGGAUUGUUUGAGACUUUUAGCGUGUCGAAUGGCGUGUGUAAGGAUUGUGCGAUUGGGAGUUAUCGUUUUUCUUUGUCAGGUAUUGUCGUGUGGAUAUGCGGAGGAGUCGGUAUGUACACCUGGAUUUGAGUCGGAGUUAUUCGUUUUUAAAGUGCACAGAGAUCACCUUCACAUGGGGAAAAGACUAGGAAGAGUAACUUUCAAUAACUGCGAUGGAAGAACAAGAACAUUCUUUCAGUCUGUUGACAAGCGGUUUGAUGUGAGCACGGAUGGGACUGUAACGCUGAAGAGACAAGUGACUCUUCAUGAAGGCCACAAGGUGUUUUCUGUGCACGCUUGGGACUCCAAUGGCAAGAAGCACACUGUAUCUGUCAAAGUUGAGCAUAUCCACCAUCAUAAGGAACAUCACAUGGAUCGGGUCAUGAACAUCUCCUCUCCAGAGAUGGAAUUGCCCUCUGAUCAGGUUCUGACUUUUCCAAAGUCUUCGACGGGUCUAAAGAGAGCAAAGAGAGGUUGGGUUAUUCCUCCGUUCCAUGUGCCUGAGAAUAGCAGAGGGCCAUUCCCAAUGAAGCUGGUCCAGAUAAAGUCAGACUUUGCCAAGGAAACUCAAAUGGUGUACAGCAUCACAGGUGAAGGGGCAGAUCAGGACCCAAAGGGGAUUUUCACUGUUGAAAGAUUAUCAGGGAAUCUCUUUGUCACUCAGCCACUCGACAGAGAAAAAAAAGCUUCAUACAGACUUAUAGCUCAUGCUGUAGCACGUGAUGUGGAUAAUGUAAAAGAAAGUCCAAUGGAAAUUCUCAUCAACGUGAUUGACCAAAAUGAUAAUAAGCCUGUGUUUACUCAAAAUCCUUUUAAUGGACUUGUUCAUGAAGCUGCUGGAAAAGAUGAUGAGUUUAUGACAGUCACAGCCACUGAUGCAGAUGACCCAGAAACGUACAACGGUAUAGUCAACUACGCAAUUGUCAGCCAAGAGCCGCCACUUCCAAAACCAAACAUGUUUGAUAUCAACAUUUUAUCUGGAACCAUUCGUGUACGAGAAGCAGACAUGGACAGAGAGCAAUGGCCCAGAUAUACUUUGUUAAUUGUGGCUACUGACAUGGAAGGAAAAGGUUCGUCAACCACUGGCACAGCUGUUAUUACAAUUACUGACAGCAAUGAUAACCCUCCUCAGUUUGAGCAAACUUCGCACGUCGUAUCUGUCCCAGAGAAUAAAGUAGGCCAUGUAGUGGCCAAACUUGCAGUUUCUGAUGGAGAUGAAUUUGGAUCACCGGCCUGGUCAACCAAGUAUCGCAUUAUUAGUGGUGACAAGGGUGGGUUUUUCAAUGUCAGUACUGGACCCAGCCAGCUAGAGGGCAUCAUCACCACUGUUAAGGCCCUGGACUUUGAGAAGACCAAGCAGUACGUUCUGUCUGUGAUUGUUGAGAAUGAUGAUCCAUUUGUCGGUUCUUUGCCCACUUCCACUGCCACAGUCACAGUGAAUGUAGAAGAUGUAAAUGAACCUCCUGAGUUUAAUCCAAAAGAGAAGACUAUCUUCAAACCUGAAGAUGCACCAGUUGAUACUGAAUUGGUUACUUAUACAGCCACUGAUCCAGACAUUGGAAAAUCACAGAAGAUAAUGUAUAAAAUGGGCAAUGAUCCUGCUGGCUGGCUCAGUGUGUCUCCAGAGACUGGAGUGAUCAAAGUCAGAACCCUUAUGGAUAGAGAAUCCGCUUAUGUCAAAGAUGGAAAAUACAGAGCUAUCAUUUUGGCCGUGGAUGAUGACGCAACAUCUCCAGCAACUGGCACAGGAACCCUGAUAAUUGAAUUGGAGAAUGUAAAUGACAACGCUCCUGUUAUAAAUGAAAGGACUGUAGGAGUUUGCAAUCGUGGAUCAGCCCCAGUUCUUCUCUCUAUAACGGACAAAGAUGGACCUCCUUAUGGUGCACCCUUUAGCGUUGAGACCCAAGGAGAAACCAGUAAAAACUGGUCCACCUCAAUGAAUGACACAUCAACUGGUGUUUUUCUGCAUCUCAAGUCUCAAUUGGAGCAGGGGGACUACAAUGUAGUCCUGAGAGUGUUUGAUCAACAUAAGCUGUAUCAGGACAGCUCCAUUCAAGCAACUGUGUGUGACUGCACAGGAGAUGAAGUCCGGUGUACUGAAAAACGGUUAGGAGGGAUGUCACUAUCUGGAGUGCUUGGGAUCCUGGGAGGAAUCUUGGCUCUGCUGUUGCUCGUUCUUCUUCUGCUUUUGUUCCUGAGGAGGAAAAGCGGUACCAAAAAAGAACCCCUCCUUCCUGAAGAUGAUGUAAGAGACAACAUCUACUAUUAUGAUGAGGAAGGCGGUGGAGAAGACGACCAGGAUUAUGAUCUGAGUGUGUUGCAUCGUGGCUUGGACAACAGACCUGAAGUGUUCCGAAAUGAUGUGGCACCCACUUUCCUACCAGCACCUCAGUAUAGACCUCGACCAGCCAACCCUGAGGAGAUUGGGACGUUCAUUGAUGAUAAUCUGAAUGCUGCGGAUAACGACCCUACAGCACCCCCCUAUGACUCCCUCCUGGUGUUUGACUAUGAAGGAGGAGGCUCAGAUGCAGGUUCACUCAGCUCCCUCAACUCUUCCAGCUCAGGACACGACCAAGACUAUGACUUCCUCAAUGAGUGGGGCCCACGCUUUAAGAAGCUGGCAGACAUGUUUGGAGGAGGAGAGGAUUAAGAUCCCCAUUUUAAGAUUUAAUUUACUCCUCUACCCUCCCUCCUCUGUGCAAGAGGCACAUUGGUGGUUUAUAAGUGCAAAAAUAUGAGAAUUUUAUUUCACUUCAUGGUCUGGUGAUUUGCAUAUGUUUAAAGUUGGAACUGGUAUAAUAGCACUGUUCAUGCAUCAGCAUAAACAAAAAGAAUCUUUGACUUGAUGUGUUUUCUUUUCAUGGGAGCAGUCUUUUUUCUUUUAUUUUUAUUUUUUUCUUUUCCUCGUCCUCUCUUUAAAUGAAGCUCCCAAUUGAAAAGACUUUGAAUAUUUGCUCUGAUUGCUCAGUAGGUAAGAAGCUAUAAUACGGCAUAAGAUGUUUGUCCAAAGCUGUUUAACUGUAUAUUUUAUGUAAUGCUUUUUGCAACAUUUUGUUAACUUUGGCAUUAAAGAUUGAUCUAAAGCAUGAAUGUUACUGUAAAUUUACCAUUUUUGAAAAGCACUGAUUUUUCAAAAACUUUUUGUGAUAUUUGCAGGUGUCUUAUUUCUGUCCUUUUUCCACUCUCAGCUGCAAGGAUGUUCCUGACUUUUUUUGAAAAUGUUUUUCUUUUAUAUAGUUAUGAUUGUUUAGGCAUUGUUUUACACUGCAUAUUUUAUUAAACAAAUUACUUUUA